CCUGCCCGCCCGGCUAGUGCGCAGCCGAGAUUUCCACGCGCGGCUGAGGGUGUGCGCUGCAGACUGGGGGAUGACGAAAGUCUGUGUUAGUGGAACAGCAGCGCAAAUCCAACAUACUAUAAACAUCAGCACAACAAGUAAGUUUAAUUGGUUAAAGCAACUUUACAAGACGCCAAGGCAAUACGACUGUGGUGAAGGCUCUCAUGUUGACGAGACGUAGCUUUAACCGUGGCCGACAUUUCUUCGCUCGUCGCGAAUCCCUUGAUACAACAGCUAAGAUUUGGAGCCGAUAGUCGCCUUUUUUCGUUUGAUGACAGGCAUUCUAAGGAUACAGCAGACCUGCGCCCGAAAAUAACAGCGCACAUCCUUCUUCAUCGGGACCGAGAUAGCCCACUGCCCGCCCCUCAAGUGGUCAGCUUGCCCCCUCCCCCUCUACAGAAGAAAACACAACAAACAGGCGAGUGGAGUGUCGGGGCCCACGGCGGCUGGAGGAGCCCGACGCGCUCGCGGACAGACGCGGCCUGAUGUGUGGCACACCAGGUCACGAAAACUUGUUGCUCUGACUGUUUUGACGUGCACCUUUUCUUUUUAGCGGAGAAGGAAGCUUUUGCACCCUUGUUCAUCGCCCCCUUUUUUUGGGAGAGGGGGCGGACAAAAGUUGCCCGGAAAGCGAGGAGUCAUUUAUAUGGGGCUUCUGUCACGCGAGUAAUCCAGCUAUGUUUGGAUAGAACUUACUUCGUUCCUUGUUUGGUUUCAACGAUCAGCUAUUGUUGUAAAGACGAAACCACCGUACCCUAUCUUAACCACACUGGUCUACGUAAUGGCUUGCCUCGGCUGCUUUUCUCUCGAUCUCGUGUUCGAUUUACCGCGGGAGUGAUUGACCACUGGAGGGGCCGAUGCUUACAAGCGGACCCAGCACACAGCAAGCGAAGCCAUGCAGCAACCUCUGGCCUACGACUUCUCCAGCGAGGAAAACAGUCAUAAAUGGAGGGGCCUUUUCGUGCCAUCGCUGCAAAAGGUCCAGAAACAAGUACAUCCAAGCCUUUCAGCCAAAGAAGAUGGCCUUCAGUAUAUUGAAGUCCUCAUUCUACAGCUGCUGAACAUGUUAUGUGUGGCACAGCCACGCACGAUCCAAGAUGUAGAGGAGCGUGUUCAGAAAACUUUUCCACAUCCAAUUGACAAAUGGGCAAUUGCUGAUGCUCUGUCAGCAAUUGAAAAACGCAAGAGGAGGAACCCAUUGCUGCUGCCUGUGGAUAAAAUUCAUCCACUUCUGAAGGAGGUUCUUGGCUAUAAAAUAGAUUACCAUGUAUCUCUUUAUAUUGUGGCUGUGCUGGAGUACAUAUCUGCUGAUAUUCUGAAGCUGGCAGGGAAUUAUGUGGGCAACAUUCGUCACUAUGAAAUCAGUCAACAGGACAUCAAGGUGUCCAUGUGUGCUGACAAGGUACUCAUGGACAUGUUUGAUCAAGAUGAAGACAUUGGGUUGGAGUCUCAAUGUGGAGAUGAGCCUUCAUCCACAGGGGAGGUCACUUAUGAUGACCUAGUGCGUGCAGAAAUAGCAGAAGAGCGUCAGUAUCUGAGAGAGCUAAACCUUAUCAUCAAGGUGUUCCGGGAUGCUUUCUUUUUCAACACUAAGUUAUUUACACCAACUGACAUUGAAGUAAUCUUCAGCAAUAUUCUGGAUAUUCAUGAGCUUACGGUGAAACUAUUGGGUUUGAUUGAAGAUGCAGUGGAAAUGACUGCAGAUGACAGUCCCCAUCCUCUUGUGGGCAGCUGUUUUGAAGACCUAGCAGAGGAACAAGCAUUUGAUCCAUAUGAGACCUUUUCUCAGGACAUUCUUUCUCGACAGUAUCAUGAACAUUUCAGUAACUUAAUGGCAAAACCUGCAGUUGCCCAUCACUUCCAGUCAAUAGCCGAAGGCUUCAAGGAAGCUGUUCAGUAUGUUCUGCCACAGCUGAUGAUGGUUCCAGUUUAUCACUGUUUACAUUAUUUUGAGCUUUUGCAGCAACUGCAAGACAACAGCCAAGAUGAGGAUGAUCAAGAAUGCCUAAAGCAGGCCAUUACUGCUCUUCUAAACUUGCAAAGUAGUAUGGAAAGAAUAUAUAGCAAACAUUUACCACGCCGAAAACCUGGGGAGCCAAUGUUCCGUCUAUACAGCCGGCAGGUACGAAGCAAACAGGUCGCCAUUAAACGGAUGAAUGAGAUUCAGAAGAGUAUAGAUGGAUGGGAGGGAAAGGACAUUGGACAGUGCUGCAGUGAGUUCAUCCUGGAAGGCCCUCUGUGUCGAGCUGGUGCAAAACAUGAACGCUACUGUUUCCUCUUUGAUGGGCUGAUGAUCAGCUGCAAGGCUAAUCAUGGACAGUCCUCACGACUGCCAGGGGUCAGCACCAGUGCUGAGUAUAGGCUGAAGGAAAAGUUUGUAUUACGUAAAGUGAGGAUUGUGGAUCAGGAAGAUGCACAGGAAGUGCGUAAUGCUUUUGAAAUUGUUGGAAAAGAUGAGAAUUCCGUUGUAUUCUGUGCAAAAACUAUGGAAGAAAAGAGUGCUUGGAUGGCAGCGCUGGUUUCACUGCAGUACCGAAGCACUUUGGAUCGCAUGCUUGAUACAGUCCUGUUAAAUGAAGAGAAGGCCCAACCUUUGCGCCUUCCAUCACCUGAAGUUUACCGUUUUGCAGUGGAGGACUCGGAGGAAAAUAUAGUCUUUGAGGACAAUGUGCAGAGUAAGACUGGUAUCCCAAUAAUUAAGGCUGGCACUGUGGACAAGCUAAUUGAGAGGCUCACUUAUCACAUGUAUGCAGAUCCCAAUUUUGUACGCACUUUUUUGACAACUUAUCGUUCCUUCUGUAAGCCAUAUGAGCUGCUGAAUUUGCUUAUAGACAGGAUUGAAAUUCCAGAUCUGGAACAAACAGAAGUGGACACAGAGGUUCUUUGGAAUCGAGAACAGCCAAUGGCAGCAGAAAUACAGAGGUUUCGAAAAGAAUAUGUCCAGCCUGUUCAGCUUAGAGUGCUCAAUGUUUUUCGGCAGUGGGUAGAACAUCACUUUUAUGAUUUUGAACGAGAUUUUGACUUGUUGCGCAAGUUAGAAGAGUAUAUUUCCAGCUCAAUCCCAUUUCGUGGUAAAUCAAUGAGGAAAUGGGUGGAAUCUAUUAAGAAAAUCAUUAAUCGCAAGAAACAAACCCAGUCAAAUGGAUUCAGUCACAACAUCACAUUUGAAAGCCUACCCCCUCCCAUUGAAUGGCACAUCAGCCGCUCAGGGCAGACGGAUACAUUUGAACUCAUUACUCUUCAUCCUAUUGAAAUUGCUCGGCAACUGACACUUCUUGAGUCCGAUCUCUAUAGAGCUGUACAGCCUUCUGAACUUGUGGGCAGCGUCUGGACCAAAGAAGACAAAGAAAAAAACUCUCCUAAUCUUUUAAAAAUGAUCAGACAUACCACUAACCUGACUCUGUGGUUUGAGAAGUGUAUAGUGGAAGCUGAAAACCAUGAGGAAAGGGUCGCAAUUUUAACCCGAAUAAUCGACAUCCUUCAGGUGUUCCAGGAGCUGAACAAUUUUAAUGGUGUGUUAGAGAUUGUUAGUGCAAUCAACUCUGUGCCAGUGUAUCGACUUGAUCAUACAUUUGAGGCUGUACCCGAGAGGAAAAAGAAAAUACUUGAGGAGGCUGUAGAACUUAGUCAGGAUCACUUUAAAAAGUACUUGGCUAAACUCAAAUCAAUCAACCCACCUUGUGUGCCUUUCUUUGGGAUAUAUUUGACAAACAUCCUUAAGACAGAAGAAGGAAAUCCUGAUUUUCUGAAACGCCAUGGUAAAGAGUUAAUUAACUUUAGUAAGCGUCGGAAGGUGGCAGAAAUAACAGGGGAAAUCCAGCAGUACCAGAAUCAGCCAUACUGCCUGAGAGAAGAGCCUGAUAUCAGGAAAUUUUUUGAAAAUCUAAAUCCCAUGGGAAAUAUGAGUGAAAAGGAGUUCUCAGAUUACCUGUUCAACAAGUCGUUGGAGAUAGAGCCUCGUAACUGCAAGCAGCCUCCUCGUUUUCCAAGGAAAACCACGUACAGUCUGAAAUCCCCAGGAAUCCGCCCUGUACGGCACCCCUCUACCUCAGGCACCGUUAAAGGCCACCCAGUGCCUCUGGAAAGGGAACCUCCACACAAGAUAACCUUCAGAAGCAUAGCAGAGACGGAGCUGGAAACGACUCCAUCUGUGCCGACUUCGCCAAAUACUCCCUCAACUCCUCCGCAGUCUGCCACCUCCUCAGAACAUGGCUCAGUAUUUGUGGACAUAGAUUCCUACAACUCAUGCAACAACAGUAUUUUUGCCCCAGUUAUUUUGCCAUCUUCAAAGUCUCAUCCAAGCACAUAUGGCAGUCUACAAUGGCUGAGUGAAGAGCCAAUGAAGCCUCCUCCACUACCUCCUCGUCGAAAAGAGGUCUCUGCGGACUAUCCCAAUAAGACGAGUUUCAGUUCUGAAAGCCCACCAGCCAUCCCGCCAAGGCUGCCACCAUCUUUGCCAAGGAUCCAACCCAGAGUGCCCACCUUCAAUGGUCCAAGUGACGGCCCACUUCCAAGUCCACCUCCACUGCCUCCUAGAGACCCAAUUCCGGAGUCUCCACCUCCAGUUCCUGUUCGCCCUCCGGAGAUCUUUAUAAACUAUCCCCCCAAUUUACAGCAGUCCCCUGUGGGCCGUGUCCAUUGGGAGUUCAAUCACAGCACGCCAGGCUCUCCAAACACUCCUCCAGGUACACCUUCACCCAGAGUGCCACGUCGCUGCUGCCCUCUGAGUGCCAGCCACAAUCUACUGUCUCAGCCAUUUUUGCAGGCCACAGCACCACCAGUGCCUCCCAGGCAGAACUCGAGCCCUCAGCUUCCAAAACUCCCUCCAAAGACCUACAAAAGGGAGCUGUCCCACCCGCCUUUACACAGACUCGCAGUGAUGGAAAAUGCAGAUUCUAACCAGUAGUUUUGUUUGUUACCUGGCAUUCACUUGGUGGAGGGGGUGUGUGAAUUCAUUACCUCCUGAACAUGCACUGGAGAAAGAAGGAACUGACUGAAUCAAAACGCUAUUUCUAGCAGGCCUUGACUUGUGCUCACCCACUCUUAAAAGGCUGUUUUGGAGGAUUGAGGUACAAAGCUACUCGGCUGGACGGCAACUAUUUUUGGUGCGGCUUGUUUCCAUGCUAGCUUUGACUUCAUUCUCCUCUGGCAGCAGUGUCUCAUCCCAACCUCUCAGGGGAUCAGUAGUUCUGCCUUCUCUCUAAACCUGCCGUGCCAGCAACAUAGCAAUGCCAGCCUGUGACAGGUAUCUCUGAGAUAAGGUGACAUAUUGUACAUCUGGAAAUCACCUGUGUGAGCGUCUCCCGUUUCGGCAGUCGGAGUUGGUGGUCCUUUGUUCAAGGCACAUAGGUGAUAUUUCAUUACUUAUCCAGGAGCUCACCUGGCAGACAAACAUCUGCUACUGCAAGACUCACUUUCUGUAGCCCCAGGGAGCACCUCUGACUUGUGUCAGUCAGCUGUUCAAGUGAGGUGUGUUUUAGUUAUUUAAAUUUGAAUUACAGGUGCACUCAAACAAAAGUUUGUUUUCAAUAAUAAGAGCCAAUCUCCAAAUUCCUGCUCUGUUUGGAGCCGAAGUGGUAUCUGUGGUGCAGACUAGGCUAUUGUUCCUACACAGCUGCAGGAUAAUAGCCAUUAUAAUUUUACUUUAUUUUCAGGGAACAUAGAAUUGAAAGAUCAAGUAAGGUUAGAGAGCAGGUAGACCAGUGCAUCAUGAAAUAAUCAGUGAGCAUUAGUAUCCUGUGGCGUUUGCAGACCAUUUUUCUCCAGUAAAGGCACUUUUCUUUCCCUCUUUAUUUAAAAAGGCCUUCCGGGGUCAGGCAGAAAACAUUGAAAAUGCACUGCAGCUUCUUACAUACUGCAGCAGGCUAGUGUCAUAUUACUGAUGCAGUAGGAGGCAACAAUGGGUCAUUCACCUAUAGUCCAGUAAAGAUGCAGAGAUCUGGAGAGGCCGCCUCCUCCUCCUCCUCGAUACUUUUGCACUUAUUAUUGUAUCAUAGCGAGUGUUAAAAUUGUGACAUGAUGUUGCACUGAACCAUUGCAAGAAGGAUCUUCUUGGGAGUCACUUCACCUCAAGUAGAGACAUCACGUUUUUCAGCGUUACAUCUGAGAGGAUGUUUUUAAUAACUUUGGAGUCAAGUCUUGUAUUUUAACCAUGACUUUAUUAUGGACAUCUGAGGAUCCAUUCUUUGGUUUUAAUCGGCUCCUUGAGCCAUGAUGUCUUAAACCACCUGGUAAAUGUACACUACGGAUUGUUCUUUUUUUUUUUUUUUUUUGAAAAUCAAAACAAAGCUGCUUAAACUUUGGAGUUUUCAAUUUAAGUAAUCUAAAACAAGUGCACUAGUACUAACAACCUCCAGGUAACUUUAACCUCCUCAAUAUCUGAAAAGCAUUCAGAGUGGAGAUGGACUUUACAGGAGGAUGAGCGCUGGCAUCUUAUUCAGAUGUGCCUUUUCUGUUUCAAGUGUCUAAACGUAUUUGCCUAAAUAAACAUUUAGAACAAAGUGAUACACUCCUAAUGUCCACUAUUCAUAUUUUGUAAAUACAUUAAUUAAAUGUACAAAUAAAAACAUGUAUUACCUGC